UCGAGUCAGUUGGCCGAGGCACGGCGUCGCGGUAUAAUCGCUCGUCGCCAUCUUGUUUUAUUUAGUGCGGGUUUAAAAAACAAAAGUAUACGUGUACUGCUUGUGUUGUGUUCUGUGCUUGUAAAGAGGUUGUCACAGUUUGUCUUUACACAAGUGCGUUACAUACAAAUGAUUCAUCCAAUCGAACAAUACGAAACGACUUUUAAAUAACAUUCGAAUUUUAAAAAAGUAACCGAUCAUUCCAAAAAAAAAAUACUAACGUUUAACAAAAAAAGUUGCCAUAUUAACAUUAAAAACUUACAAUUAUAAGUUAAAACAGUGAUACAAGUGAGUGGAUAAAUCGUGUCAAGAUCAAGUGUGUCAAGGGUUCUACAACUUUCCUUUUGUAGUCACCGGGUGACAUCGAUCGAGAUAGACCAACCUCGGACUCGGGUUUGUGGAUUGGAUUUUGGCGGAUCCAUUCAUAAUACCACCCUAAAGUGAUCGAACUCACCCAAGGUGAUUGGUAGUGAAUUAUGUUAAAAGUGAAAUAGUGCGAAAUGUCUACACAAGCGUAUUACAAGGAACGUCUCGGGUUUGACCCGCAAGAGGCGAUGCAGGAUAGCCUGAACGGAGGCGCGUCGUACUACGAUGGUCACCAGCCGAAGCGGCACCGCGGCGAACAUCAGCCGGCGGAGAAACAUGAUCAGGUGUACGAGGAGAACCUGACAAAAUUCAAAGAUGAACGAGAUGCAAUACAGAAAAAGACUUUCACAAAAUGGGUCAACAAACACUUGAAAAAGGUGAAUCGACAUGUGAACGAUCUAUUCGAGGACCUGCGCGAUGGACUCAAUCUCAUCUCGCUGCUGGAGGUGCUUUCUGGCGAACACCUUCCGCGUGAACGAGGCCGUAUGCGUUUCCACAUGCUGCAGAACGUCCAGAUGGCGCUGGACUUUCUGCGGUACAAGAAGAUCAAACUUGUCAACAUCCGCGCGGAAGACAUCGUCGAUGGCAACCCUAAACUCACCCUUGGCCUCAUCUGGACUAUUAUCCUGCACUUCCAGAUAUCGGACAUCGUAGUAGGCCAAGAAGCGAAUGUGACCGCGCGCGAGGCUUUACUCAGCUGGGCCCGGCGCUCCACCGCGAAAUACCCUGGCGUGCGCGUCACCGACUUCACGUCCUCAUGGCGCGACGGCCUCGCGUUCAACGCGCUUAUACACAGGAACCGCCCCGACCUUAUAGACUGGCGUAAUAUCAGGUCGAGGCAGGUCCGUGAGCGUUUAGAGACAGCCUUCCAUGUUGUGGAGAAGGAGUAUGGAGUCACCAGAUUAUUAGACCCUGAAGGUGAGAUACUUACGUUAUUCAUUUACUUUACCUUUAUGUAUAUUAUUGUUACUAAGCUAUCAUUAUGCCACUAA